UUCGUGACAAAGCGUGUUUUUCAACUCGAUCUGGAACAAUUUAAUCGUUUUCAAUACCAAUACAGAAUACAUAAUAUAAUUCUGUUAUUAUAUUUCAAUUGUGUAUGAACGACGUCCGGUAGCCGAGAGUUUUUUUCGUGCAACGCAUUUGACUCAAUCUUCCGGACUGUAAUAUUUUUUCGUUCUCAAACACUUUUCUACAUUCUUUAUAGAAAAUCAGUGAACACAAAUGCGGUGAGAUAUAACUCUGUCGUCUGUUGGAGUGUUGGUAUCGUAAUUGUUGAGGAAAAGUUUGAAGAUUAUAACCUUUCCCUGUGAAAUAAACUGAAAAUUGAAUUUCUUCGCCCGAUAACAGCGACGCUUUGUGACAACGGUAGUAAGUUUUAUGAGGCUGCUGUUUUCAGUGGUGUGCCGGCAUGUAAACGCUUUGAGGUUAUGUUCGUGUUGUCUCUUCCGUUCUACCAACAACUCCAAGUACUAAUGAGUGCGUAUUUUUCAUGGGAGAAUAAUGAAUAAAAUACUUUCUUUGCCAAUACGUAGCGUAUGCGAGAAAUUCAUAAAUGGUGAAUUGCGUCCGUCGGAAUUGCGGGCGACAACUGUCAAAUUGAGUGAAGCGAUAAAACCAUUGAACGCUUAUAUCAAUGUGACGAACCAAUUGUCGGAACAACAAUCGAAAGAUUCCGACGAAAGAUAUGCGAAACAAAAUUCAACGUGCGAACUCGAUGGAAUUCCGAUUGCUAUUAAGGACAAUUUUUGCGUCGAGGGACAGCCGACAACCUGUGCUUCGCUCAUGCUAGCAAAUUUUGUACCCGGGUACAAUGCCACAGUUUACAAUCGCCUUAGAAAAAAUGGAGCAGUUCUCAUGGGAAAAACGAAUCUUGAUCAAUUUGCUAUGGGAUCUGGAACCGUUGAUUCUUAUUACGGGCCUACAAAAAAUAUAUGGGGUUCAAAAUUGCAAAAAUAUUAUGAUUACCAUGAAUCAAUCCCAGAGACAAGUGUCUCUGUUGGAGAGGACGACUGGUUUAUCGCAGGCGGUAGCAGCGGAGGUUCUGCCGUAGCUGUAGCUUCAGGAACUUGUUACGCGGCCCUGGGAUCAGACACCGGUGGAUCAACACGAAAUCCAGCCUCAUAUUGCGGCCUCGUAGGUCUAAAGCCCAGUUACGGUUUGGUGUCUCGUCACGGACUCAUUCCGCUGGUGAAUUCGAUGGACGUUCCUGGUAUUUUGGCUCGGACAGUGGAUGAUUCUCUUUCAGUUCUCAAUGCUAUAGCCGGACCGGAUGAAUCGGAUUCUACAACUCUCCAGGAAGAAUAUGAACCUUUUGAUUUACCGAAUUUGCAGAGUCUUCAAGGUCUGCGGAUUGGUAUACCGAAAGAAUAUCAUCCAGCGGAAUUGAGCGACGAAAUUUCCUCCUGUUGGCAACGAAUAACUCGAUUGAUGGAGGAAUCCGGUGCGAUUAUUGUGCCUUGCUCGAUGCCUCAUACUCAAUGGUCCAUAGUUUGUUAUUCGAUUUUGAAUCAGUGCGAAGUUGCCAGUAACAUGGCACGAUACGAUGGGAUCGAGUAUGGUUAUCGUGCGGAUGAGGAUUCCUCCACCGAAGAGCUUUAUGCCAAGACACGCUCGCUCGGUUUUAACGACGUUGUCCGAUCUCGUAUUUUGACGGGGAAUUAUUUUUUACUUGCUGAAAAUUACGAUGAUUAUUUCGUCAAAGCUAUGAAAAUUCGGCGUUUGAUAGCUCAAGAUUUUGACAAUGCGUGGAAUUCGAACGUCGAUAUUUUACUCACGCCAACCACCCUGUCGGAUGCACCCUUGUACAAAGAUUACAUCAAAUCUGACAAUCAGGCGCAAUGUUCUGUGCAAGAUUUCUGUACACAACCUGCUAACAUGGCUGGUAUACCGGCUCUCAGUAUACCGGUUGAAAUUUCCAGGAGAGGUUUACCCCUGUCGUUACAACUAAUGGCGCCCUAUCUCCAUGAAAAAAGACUUUUACUCACGGCCAAGUGGAUCGAACAGACUGUUCAAUUCCCUCGGAUGAGGCUCAAAGACUCCAGUCUCUUGAAAUAGAAGGCAGAAAAGUAAAUGUAAUUAGGAUUGUAAAUAAACGUAUCUAUUUAAACUAAA